AUGGGGGUACACUCACCUGAAGACCGAUUGGCCCGUCAGCGAGAAGAACGAGGAGAGGGUCCUCACACGGGGCACCAGUUGUCGGACUCCGGAUUAACAAAAGAGUUUGCUAGUCCUCUUUAUGGCAUGUGUGGAAAACUGGCAAUUUGCAACUCAGAAGAAGGCUAUCAUGAGAACUACCUGACCAUGCUGGCAAUCUUGGACUUCCUACCUCCAGAACUAGUUGUGAGAGUGGGGAGCUCUGUUCCUCCCAUCUUACCACCUAGUGGUAUCAUCGACACCACCAUGGACGAGGAGCAGGUGCAGCUGUGCCGCAAAGAGAAGUUGAGAUUUCUGUUCCACAUGUAUGACUCGGACAGCGACGGCCGCAUCACCCUGGAAGAGUAUCGAAAUGUGGUGGAGGAGCUGCUCUCCGGGAACCCACACAUCGAGAAGGAGUCGGCCCGCUCCAUCGCUGACGGGGCCAUGAUGGAGGCAGCCAGCGUGUGCGUGGGGCAGAUGGAGCCUGACCAGGUGUAUGAGGGGAUCACCUUCGACGACUUCCUGAAGAUCUGGCAGGGGAUAGACAUCGAGACCAAGAUGCACGUGCGCUUCCUUAACAUGGAAACCAUCGCCCUCUGCCACUGACCCGCCUGCCCCCGCCCCCCGAAGUUGGCUGUGCCCACAGCCUCCCGUGGGACCCGAGGCCGCCCGGUUCCUUCCGCCACAGCUCGUGUAAAUAGCCCCCACUCCAACGCUGUCUUGUUUUCCCGAGGGUGUGGUACCUGGGACCUCGGCUGUUUUUAUCUCUAAUAAAAAAGAAAACG